CCUCAUCAUAUCUUACAAAUGUGGUUGAUGUUUAAUUUUAAUAAAUUUUGUUUGUUUUUCAUGACCAUUUAUAUUCAGUGAAAAUAAUUCGAUCAAAAAUGUUGAUUCGUGAUGUAGAAUUAAAACCCGAUUCUCCAAAAGAAUUUUUUCUCGAUAAACAUGUUCAAUUUUUGAACAACUAUGCAAAAAAUAAAGAUAAUAGCUAUGAACAGAUCAUGGUCGAAUAUCUUAAAAUGAAUGGAAUCUAUUGGACAAUAACAGCCCUUAAAUUAGCUGACAGUUCCAUUGAAAAUGAUGUCCGACAAGAAAUAAUCGAGCUAAUACGUUCUUGUAAACAUUCUAAUGGAGGAAUAUCAGCAGCACCCAGACAUGAUCCUCAUAUUUUAUACACUUUAAGUGCAAUCCAGAUUUUAGUUUCAUUCGGUGUGAAUCUAGAAUCAUCGGAUCCAGAAGAAAGCAUCAUCGAUGUGAACAAAACUGUUGAAUUUGUUGUGUCAUUACAAAACGAAGAUGGUAGUUUUAAUGGUGACCAUUGGGGUGAAGUAGAUGUUCGAUUCACAUUCUGUUCGAUUGCUUCGUUAGCUCUUCUCAAACGAUUGGAUGCUAUUGAUCUGGAUCGAACUAUAGAUUUUGUCAUGAAAUGUUAUAAUCAAAUUGAUGGUGCUUUUGGCUGCCGUCCCAACAGCGAAUCUCAUUCCGGUCUUACUUAUUGCUGCCUUGGAUCAUUAUCAAUUGCUGGUCAAUUACAUCGAAUCGAUGCGGAUAGAUUAGGAUGGUGGCUAGCUGAACGUCAACUACCUUCAGGAGGUCUAAAUGGUCGUCCAGAAAAAUUACCUGAUCUAUGUUAUUCAUGGUGGGUACUUUCAUCUUUGGCAAUUAUUGGACGUCUUCAUUGGAUAAAUAAACAAAAAUUACUUUGUUUUAUCAUGGCUUGUCAAGAUAACGAGACUGGAGGUUUCUCUGAUCGUCCAGGUAAUAUGGUCGAUCCAUUCCAUACUCUUUUCGGCAUUACCGGAUUGUCAUUAUUGUCACAUGAAUAUUUCGACGAUUCAACCAGUGACAAUAAACAGAACGACCAAGAAGAUCUUAUCGAUAUUGAAAAAUUAAGCAAAAUUAUUCAAAAAGUCAAUCCAGUUUUUUGUAUGUUAGAUCAAACGAUAAAGGAUAGGGGCAUUUUAAUUCAACGGCUUUCAAUCAUCUAAAACACUUUAUUACUGAUGAUAAAAAUUGAUCAAGAAAUAAAAUAAAAUUUAUUUUUGUAUUUGUCCAGUUUCCAA